UAGAGACAAAAAGUCCUAUUUAAUUUGUCACGUCAGACCAAUCUCAAGGGCUGGCCAGAAAUGUUGCUGUUAUUUCAAGAAAGCUUCACUCGUUCUCACUAAUGUAAAUGGUGUUUGAUGAUACUGAAGCCAAAAGCCUCUCACAUGAAAGCUCUUCUGUCAAAAGACAGAUGUUGUCUGUGGAUGGAACCCUACUGGUAGGACAGGAAUGUAGGGGGGCCAUGCAGGGAGAGACUCAGGUUUUAGCCUAACGCCCACAUAAUGCCCACAAACUCAGCUGUGUGUGUGGUGCUAUCUGGCAGAAAGGAUACCAAUAACUAUUGGACAAUGUUGUAACCUUUGAGUAAUCUGUGGCACAAUACUUUCCUUUUGGAUUAAUAAUGUUUCAUUUUAUCUAAACUAUUUUAUCUUAUUCAACAGGUCUGGGAGAGGUUCUGCAUGUGUUAGAGCAACCUGUUGUCUGAGGGCCUGAUCUUGACAGGUUUUGUCAGACGUCUUUGACAGGAAGGAGAAGGAUGUGGGGCUGCUUUGCUCAAUACUGGAGAGAAAGAAGGAAGUGACCAGAUUAAUGAGGAACACUUGUGAAGUUUUGUACACUCAUGAACAAACAUUCACAUGCACCACACAUUCAACAAUACACACCCAUGCUGACACAGACACACACACAGAUAAUAAAUUAGAGUUUAAAUUUGAACGACCCACUCUCACAUAAUUUCCAGACGAGAACACAUUCGGCAAGAUGAAGAAGCUUAUUCUUACACUUCUGAUGUUCUCAUCCGGCUAUUCUGAGCCUCGAGACCUAUCAGGUAAAGUGUUCACUUUUCCUCUGGAGACCAACACUGCACACGUGAGACUGACAACGUCCAAAGAGACUUUCACCUCCAUGACCGUGUGUUUCAGGUUCUUCACAGACCUUUCCCGGAACCAUGCCCUCUUCUCCAUGGCCACGCGCUCCAGCGACAAUGCCUUCCUGGUCUUCAAGAGUGCAGCUGAUGGCCGGAUCCUUCACUAUGUCCAGAACAAAGAGGCCCGGUUUGACGGGCUUGGCUUAUUCUCCAACAUCUGGCAACCAUUCUGCUCCACCUGGGCCUCUGACAGCGGGCUGGUCCAGCUGUGGUUGAAUGGCAAGCCGAGCUCCCGCAAGUUCACAGAGUCAGCUCCACUCGAAGGGACUCCCAUAGUGGUCUUGGGACAGUACCACCUCUUAGGAGCAGGAUUCCCAUGGCAGUGGUUUUGCAGCCGACCAGUCUUUCGUGGGGAUGAUUUCCAACGUUCACAUGUGGGACUACGUCCUCUCGCACUGUGAGAUUCAACAAUUUUCCAGCGAAAUGAGCUUCACCCCUGGGAACGUGAUCAACUGGAGAGCCUUGGAGUACCAGGUGUCUGGGAAGGUUCUGGUGGAGGACAAACACCAGAGCUGUUCCAAUUAAUGAACCCUGAUCUGGUACUGAGUCACACUGCAGCCUCAAAUCACUUGUCAUAUUUUUACAUGCGUAAACACCAAUUGUUUCAUUCAGUUGUGCGUCUCUGCUACCAGUGGAUUCUGUUUGGCAGGACUAAUAUAAUCUGGUUAUGGGUGUCAGAACUCCUUUUGUGUGUGAAAUUAAACAUGAUGAGAAACAUGAUUGUGAGGCUGCUUGUUUCACAGUAUUUUGCAACUUAAAACUAUCCCAUAGCUACCCACUGAUGCCUCAGUGCCUAUAUCAGUAUCCAGUCACUCCCCACUGCUAGCCUGGCUCUGCCGACCACGUACUUCCGUUCAUUUGGAUUUUGCUUCUGUAUUCGGUCUGGCCGUUCAGUAGGUAAGUCAGAUUUUGCAGGUUACUUUGUAACCGGCCAAUCAGCGAACAGAGGGAGUGGCUGAGAACAAUGACGUUGAUGUUGUGCGCUAGUUUGUGUUGUAGUUCCGUAAUGGCGGUGGAGAAAGAUGCAAGCCAAGCCAUUCAGUCCGUUGUUGCAACACAGCCGAAUAUCCAACAGCCAAAGCUGGAGCAAGAACAAGUUUUGCUGAGUUUUGUUGGUGGCCAUGAUGUUGUGGCCUUCCUGUGGU